UCUCGGACACGCACGAGCUCACAGCCGAUCCGAGGAGCGGCGCGUGGCGCAGUUUGGGCUGAAAGCGCUGGAUUUUGUGGAGCUUCACCGCGAGACUCUGUUUGAAGCAUACAGGUUUUAGCACAGUAGGACGCUACUUCUAAAAGGCCUUUGAGUCGUCCUUUUCAUCACUGAGAUGAACCUCCUCGCUGACUGAGCGUGACGUCAUCCGGGGAAACCUCGUUUUGUCAUCCCAAAUGAUGAUGCAGAAGCAGAGGCCGGCCCGUACCUCCCCAGGCAGCGUGUGUUCUUUGAGGGGAGGAGCCAUGCCAGGAUCUCCAGCGGUCACUAUAGUGGCCAAAAUGGACAAUCAGGUGAUCGGCUAUAAAGACUUGGCUGCCAUCCCUAAAGACAAGGCCAUUCUGGACAUAGAGCGGCCUGACCUGAUGAUGUACGAGCCACACUUCAGUUACUCAGCACUGGAACACUCAGAGAGGUCCCUCUCUCCGCGCUCUCUCUCUCCUCCUCCGUCUCCUGAGAACGCUGUGCUGAAGGACAGGGAUUGGCUGGAGCAGAAAUCCUCUGGAAGCUCCUCCCCCUCCACACUGCCACUGUGUAGGAGCAGCAGUGUGAGCAAAACUCAGCCCCAGCAGCAACACUUCCACAGACCAGAUAACGGCACCAACAUAUACAAGAAGCCCCCUAUAUAUAAACAAGAUGUAUCGGGUCAUAUCCCCCACAGUAAGCACAUUGAAGAUCUGAUUAUUGAGUCGUCUCGGUUCCCCGGAGCUCAGCCGCCCGACCCCAACCAGCCUUCCAAGAUCGAGACCGAGUACUGGCCCUGCCCUCCAUCACUCGCUGUUAUUGAGACAGAGUGGAAGAAGAAGGCUGCGUCUCAGAAAGCUGAAGGAGAGGAUGACGAGGAUGAGGAUGAGUAUGAUGAAGGAGAUCUGUCGGAUGACAUGUGGAGACUCAGACAGAUGCAGAAACAGGAGCUCAACAAGAUUCAGUCUAAUCUGGGGAAGCUGAUACUGAAGGAGGAGAUGGAGAGAGAGGUUCCAGUUCGGAGGAAAACACGUUCUCUGCCGGACCGGACGUACGGACACCUGGGACCCAAAUCUCCUUCAUUCCCUAACUACAGCCGCAGCGGUCUGACCAGGCUCCAGUCUGCAGAGUUUUCAUCAUCACACAGUGAUAAAGCCUGUCAGAAUUUACAGAAUGGGGAUGCUCAGGGCCGCAGGAUGGACAGAGGAAACUCUCUGCCCACCAUGCUGGAGCACAAGAUUUAUCCCUAUGAGAUGCUGGUCGUGACUCACCGGGGCAGAAGUAAACUCCCACCCGGAGUGGACAGGAUGAGGCUGGAGAGGCACCUGUCGGCGGAGGAGUUUAAGAAUCUGUUCGGAAUGACGAUGGAGGAGUUCGAUCGGCUCUCCCUGUGGAAGAGGAACGACUUGAAGAAGAAGGUCUCGCUCUUCUAGCACUGAGAACACUGAGGGGAAAAAAAUAACUAAUAAAAAAGAAAAAAAAAUCACGUAACUGCACUUCUGCUUGGGACAGCGUGAAGAAGACGACGAGAAACUGACUGGACGAGGGACGUGACGCUUGGUGGACAUUUUGGGGUCCGACUGCAUCCCAGACAUCUCAGCAUGUCAGAACCCUUGAUGUCACGUCUCUGGUCACAGCUACUAAACGAGCAGUCGACUGGAUUUGAAUGCGGGACGCUGACAGAGAUAGCUUGAUGCUUUUGUGUAUGAUAAGUGAGACUAGACUCGGAAAAAGGAUGAAAAAAGCUGAUAUUUUUGGCUCCACCUGCUGAAAACUAGUGUCCAGUCCAGUAGAAGUGUUCCAGCGUCCACACAGGCUACCGGCUCUGAUCACCACUAAACACUGCCACACUCUGAGCUAACUGCCACGAUGAGCUAUAAGCUAAUAAUGAACUUAUUUCUGACUGACCAGACCGUCGGAGCGCUUUGGUGACGGAAGUUUUGAUGAAGCUCGAUUUAAUUUCUGUACAGUUGAUUUAAGAUGCUGUUGUGGGUGGUUUGAUUACUUUCGCUCACUUAAAGCGAUAGUUUGGGGACCCAGUCCACCCCCUCACCCCAAACUGGUGUCUGAAAUUUGCUUCUUUAGCUUUGGACUGGAGCUUUGAGGCUAAUGCAGCUAUCACCCGAUGGAAACUUCUACACCCACCAAUUAGCAUUGUGCUAACUGCAUGCCUAAGUCAUUAUACACUCUCCUCAAACUGGAGCUAUGAGGCUAGCAGCUAGCAAGUAAUGGAAGCUUAUACUCCACCAUUUAGCAUCAUGCUAACUGUAUGCCUGAACCAUCACACACUUGCCUCAAACUGGAGCUACAAGGCUAAUGUAGCGAACCGGUAAUGGAAGCUUAUACCCAACCAUUUAGCAUUGUGCUAACUGCAUGUCUAAAUUUCACACACUUGCUCAAACUGGAGCUACAGUGCUAAUGUAUUUGGCAAGUAAAGGAAGCUUAUACCCCACUAGUUAGCAUUGUGCUAACUGCAUGUCUAAAUUAACACACACUUACUCAGACUGGAGCUGUGAGGCAAAUGUAGCGAACCGGUAAUGGAAGCUUAUACCUCACCAAUUAGCACAUUGCUAACCACACACCUAAAUUAUCACACACCUGCCUAAAACUGGAGCUAUGGGGCUAGUAGCUAGUAAGUAAUGGAAGCUUAUACCCCACCAUUUAGCAUCAUGCUAACUGCAUGCCUAAAUCAUUAUACACUUGCCUCAAACUGGAGCUACAAUGCUAAUGUAUUUGGCAAGUAAUGGAAGCUUGUCUUCCACUAGUUAGCAUUGUGCUAACUGCAUGUCUAAAUUAACACACACUAACUCAGACUGGAGCUGUGAGGCAAAUGUAGCGAACCGGUAAUGGAAGCUUAUACCCCACCAAUUAGCAUUGUGCUAACUGCAUGUCUAAAUACAGUCACAGAUAGGCUCAUGUUUCUAAGUGGUUACUCUACAGCUUGAUGCGAGUGAGGCACGAUGAUAACUGGUGGGGUAAAAGCUUCCAUUACUUGUUAGCUCCAUUAGCCUCGUAGCUCCGGUGCCAAACUAAAGAAGCAAACUUGGCUGAUCGACUGCAUUUGGGGUGACUUGGGUGCGUUUUAUUUUUCACCAAACCUUCACUUUAAUCGUGAAAAAUUCAAUAUGUAAAACUUUCUCUUUCUUUCUUCUCACAUAUUUCACACGUAUCUGUAUGCUUCAAUGCAAAUAUCACUGAUGCAGAAAUCACUGGUAGUUAAUUGCAACAGUUUCUAUAGCAACGAUCCGCAGUUUGAUGUUUUACAGAGGGCUACAUUAGAGAGAGUUCACCCAGUAUUACACUGCCUGUCUGAAGUCUGGGGCUCACCUAGUGUUCUUAUCAAAUAUUAAUUUUCAGUGAAAUAAAAAGAAUUAUGUGCUAUGUGCUAAUGCAUCGUGUAUAGUGAAGGAAAGUGGUCAGAGCACCCCCUGCUGUUUGUGUUCAAAACUUAGGUUAACAAUGAAUUAGAGACGCUCCACAUUACAGUCUGUACAGCAUAACGAAUGAUUGACUGACAGUAAAAGACAGAAAUAGUGUUUACAAACAUUCGCUUACAAGAAAAAGUUGCGUGCAUUUAAUGUACAUUUAAACCACAUGUGAACAACACACCUAACAUAAUUUGAAUAAUAUGUGAACACGUGACACGUCAUGUCCUGAAACGGCACACGUGAUCACACUUUUUCUCACGCGAAAACGCUGUUCGCAUAUUUUUGAGUGUAGCAACACGUGAGCUGUCUAAAAUUCAUGAUUAUUUACAGGUGAAAUUCAUGUUUUUUCUGUAAGCAUUUCCCCAAAAAAGGAGAUGUUUUUUAUGAACUGUUUUACAUAUGAUCCAAUUUUUAAAAACAUGAUCACACUUUUUUCAGAAAAAUGUGUGGUAUCAAAAAACGUGAUUAUUCAAACGUGAGAUUUGUGUGAAUUUUUUCACCCCUCCCCCCAAGUGAUUGUGAUCGCACAGUUUUGUACAUGAUAACGCUUUUUCACUUGAUCAGUUUUUUUAUUUGAUCAGUUUUUUCAUGUGUGAUCAAAAGGUUUUCACACUUUUUUGUAAAAAAAAUUGUGUAUUUUCUAAAAAUCACAUGAUUAUUCAAACGUGAGGUUCAUGUGUGUCUUUGUGAGGGUUUCCCCAAAACAGACUACAAACUCCAUUGUGCUGAUGACAUCAGUCGACAUCACUGAUUGUGUUUGUGCUGCACUUGUGUUGCAAAAUGACUUUUUGAUGGAAUUUCCAGCUCCAUCUUUUUUUAAUCUGUUACGGAGAGACGAAAGGAGCGUCAAAAUACUUUAAACACUACCAGCAGGUGGCGCCGGUCUGCACUCUCCCUCUGCAUGUUUACCUUCAGUGCUCAGCAAUACGCCUUCAUGAAUCUCACGUUUGAAUAAUCACGUGAAUUUUUGAUACUACACAUUUUUCUGAAAAAGGUGUGAAAAAACGUGUGAUCUCAUUUUUAAAAAAUUGGAUCACGUGUAAAACGUUAAAAAGUUCGUAAUAAACGUCUCUGUUUUUGGGGAAACGCUUACAGAACAAAAAGACAUGAAUUUCACCUGUGAAAGAAUUUUUAGACAAGAAAAAUCUUCGUUGUUUUCCUAUGUGGGCUACGUUGCAUUUUACCACGUACCACAAACGACGUGAGAUACAUUUAGACUUUGUAUUAACUGUGAUUUAGUUUAAUCCACUCAGAGGAGCAAAAUGGAGGAAAAAACGUCAAACCAAGUGUUUAAAAACUAACAGUUUUAAAAAAUAAAUUUUAAUUUAACUCUCACAGCCUAAGACAGUGUGAGGAUAUCGAAAGGUUAAGAAAACAUAAUAUUUCCAAGAAAUCACUUGUUCUUUAAAUCAUUCUUAUAAAAAAACAACAAGAGGAUGAAGUGGGCGUGGCCUUAUCUCCAUACCUUCAUCUGUGAUAUAGUUUUCUUGUAAACACACUUUAAUGUGGUCUUUAUAGCGAAACUGACUCAUUUGUAUUAAAAACGACUUGGAAAGCUGGGUGUCCCCAAACUUUUGAUGAGCAGUGCACAUACGACCUGCAUGAGAAAUGUACCGAACCCUUUAACCUUAAAUCAGAUAUAUGAUUGAUAAUUGAUUGUAAAAAUGAUUCUGAUCAAUAUUGAUCACCCCCCCCCAUACCACCCCCCCCCUUUGUUUACCCUCCCUGUUUUGCUGCUACUGCGUUCUAAAGCACUUUCACUGUGUGGUUAUUUCCUCUUUUCUGGAGUGGAUGGAGAGAUUCCUGUUUUAAAGGAUAAAUGAUAAAUGAUAGAUGAAGAUGAUGAAGAGAUUUUUAGGACUUGGCAUGGCCCGGCUCAUGGUUUUGAGUUUCUCGCAGCCCUGAUCCUUGACCCCUGUAGAUAUAUAUAGUUGACCCGCCCCCUGCUGACCCGCUUUCAGUUCAGUCCACAUACAGAGAUCUAAUCUGGAGAGUUUGAAACUGGAUGAAGGAUUUUGUUUUUUUAUAUAUUUCAUAUAGAUUGAAUCUGCUUGUGUUGAUUCAGUGACCAAAUGAUGUGCAGCUACUGUCUCUCUCUCUCUCUCUCUCUCUCUCUCUCUCUCUCUGUUUGUCUACCUACGUUGUGGCAUGACUAUAAACAGAACGACAAUGAAGAAAGACUUUAAAAUGCACAAAACAACACGAGGAUUUAGAAAUAAACAUUCCACACAGAACCUGCUAGAAGUUGCAGCAGUUUGAUUCGGUUAUGAAACUUUAGGAAGUGAUUCGAUUGUCUUGUCAUUAAAUUUGAUUUUGACUCUUUAGAAAUUAAUUCUAGUGUAACAUCGAUUCGAUUUGUUUUCACUUUUUUUGGAAGUGAUUCAGUUGUACCAUUAUUCAUUUUGAUUAUGAUUCAUUAUGAAAUGAUUCAGUUGAACUAUUAGUUUAAUUACAAUUCUUUACAAAAUGAUUCAGUUGAACCAUGACUUUGAUUUGAUUCCAGUUCUUUAGGAAAUGAUUCAGUUGCAACAUGAUUCAAUCUGAUUCCUAUUCUUUAGGGUAUGAUUCAACUAUAGAGUAAUUCAAUUUGAUUAUGAUUCUUUAGAAACUGAUUCAGUUUACUAGGAUUUCAGUUUGAUUACAGUUUUAGGAAAUGAUUCAUUGGGACCACGGCUUCAAAUUGAUUCCAGUACUUUAGUAAAUUAUUAAAUUGCAACAUUUUUCAUUUUGAUUCAGAUUUUUAGGGAUUGAUUCGAUUGUGCCAUGGCUUUAAUUUUAUUCCAAAUCUUUAGGAACUGAUCCUCAAUUUGAUGUUGAUUCUUUAGGAAAUGAGUUCAGUUGUAACAUUUUUCAAUCUGAUUCCGAUUUUCAAGGAUUCAGUUGUACCAUGACUUUAAUUUUAUUUCAAUUCUUUAGCAACUGAUUUAGUUGUACCGUUAUCCAAUUUGAUUUGAUUCUUUAGGAAAUGAGUUCAUUGUGCCAUGACUUCAAUUUGAUUCAGAUUCUUUAGGAAACAAUUCUGUGCAUCAUGAAAUCUCAAAUUUCACUAUGAUUUGAUUCAGAAUUGUUAUUAAACAUACACUGAAUACACAAAUAUAACUGGAGGAACUGUAUAGACUUUGUGCUUUUACAUUUGAAAAUAGCCCAAGAAUGUUAUGUUGGUGAAAAAGAGCAGGUGUUGUACUGAAUUUUGUUCUAAUCAAUUAUAAUCUAUCAUAACUUUCCAAAACUGAUGCAGUUGAAUCAGCACCUUCAGGCUGACCCAUUUCUCCGCUAAUCAUGCAGAAGGAAAACUCACUGACCGCAGCUGUGAUGAUAAUGAACAGUGCUUCUGCAAUCGGAGAGUUUUGGUCAGUGAAAAGCCGUUGAGCUGUUGGACGCCCCCAAGACAAUCCAGCCAAUCAGCUUUGAGGGGUGUUAUAGCGUUGAAGUCAGGACCAAUCAGAGCCUUCCUCUCUGACCUUUAAUAUGUGCAGCCAAAUGCUUUUAAUAUUCAAAUUUAGUCAACAAUAAAUAAUAUUCACUUGAUUCACUCAUCACAAUUUAGCAGAUUGAAAAUGAGAGUUUAUAAAUCAGCAGGUCGUGACGAUUUACUGCCUUUGGAUAAACGUAUAUUUAAAAGACUUUUAUUGUGGAAGUCGUAGCACUGAGCUGCUGUUUGAAUUCAUUAUUUUUUGUGAUGUCACAAGCAUGAACGCAUUAGCAUAUGACCAAAUGUUCCUAAUUCACAGUGAAGUUAUAAAGAGUGUUUCAGCUCAGACUGCGUUGUGAAUGAGGCCAAAUGCAGGCCCAAUCAGAGCAGAGCUCAUUUACAUAUCUUACAUGUCUUAAAGGCACCUGAACGAAAACAGGGAUUAAAAAAGGCUGAAAAAUGGUCAUGUUAACAUAAAUUACGACUAGUACAGAAAAAAACAGAUAAAAAAAAUCAAAAAUGCUGAAUGUGGACCCUUUAAUGAAGUUCCUUAAAGGGUCUCUAUGAAAAACCCCCUUCUGAUGACAAACUUUUGAGAAACUAUGCCUGCUUUGUGGGGGAUUUCUAACAGCCCACCCCCAAAAGCGGCUGUAGUUUUACCACCUUCAGGUUACAUCAUAACAAAGGGGGUUCUCCUCAUCAGGCUGAGUGACCCUUUAAAGGACCACUCCACGGAUUUUUCGAACUAACCUCAGUUUGCUGCAUCUGGUUGAUUAGCACCGGCAAAAAUGUCCAUUUAUUUAGAAAAGAACAGAAGUGCCGACAUGCAAAAGAGCUUUAUAGUGGAUACUAAGGGUGGGCGAUACGGCAAAAACAUGUUUGAUCAUGAUACUUAGUCUAGUUUUUCUGACACAUAAGAAGUUUGGACAGACGAAAAACCUGCAAGUGCCACAUAUAAAAACACUAUUAUAAUAAUAAUACGUGAUAAUAAUAAUAAUUACAAGUGAUUUUUGUUCAAUGUUUUACAAACCGCGCUGCACUAAAUCCACUUAAACAGCCCUCUCUUUGUAAUCAAACAUGUAGUUGGUCAGUGUUAUUUAAGAACUGACGAUAUCAACGACAUAAUUUAUCAGAUAACGAUAAAUAUCAUCAUAUCGCCCACCUUAGUGGAAGCCAACGGGAAGAUUCAGCAUCUGCCCAUUGAAUUCAAUAUAACCGAGUUUGGAGUCAACAGGUUUUCUGAUCUUUUCUGAGUGCAGAAAGACAUAUUUAAGUUAUGGUGAGUGGUGAUUGACUGCACACUACAGACGCAGCAAAUAAAGGUUAGGUUGAAAAUACACUGACGUAUUCCUUUAAUUACUCCAACCAGAAAAAUACAGAACACAUACAGACUAGAGAUGCAGCUCAGUCACUAGUCACUGUAUUAGUGGAGUCACAGCACAGCACCAUCACCACAAAACUCACUCUCUCUUUCUUUAUUUCCUUCUUUCUUUAUUCCUUCUUUUAAUGUGAAGGUGUGCUGAAUGAAAAACAAACAAACAAACAAAAAAAAACUACUAAAUAAACAUACUGAGUUAGUAUGGUGAGUGUCUGUUGUUAAGGUUCAGGUGUGUUUUUGUUUAGUUCUUUUUGUUAUGGUUCUGAGUUUAUUCUCAUUUACUCUUAUCGAUUAAUACGCACUCUGGUGAACAGUUAGUACUUGAAUUUUCUGUUUAAUAAAGUUUUUUGGAGUUUA